AUGGAAGGGCUAUCGUUGGCGUUGAUGCGUUCGGAACUUCCGGUGGCGAUCGAGAUGGAUUCUUCAGUUGCAGUGAAGAUGAUAAAAUCCAGUGAUGAAGAUAGAUCAGUCUAUUCGGCUUUGGUAAAGGAGAUCAAGUAUCUCAUGGGUUUUCGUAAAACUAGUAUUACUCACGUUAGUAGAGCUCAAAAUAAAGUUAGUAACUCUCUUGCAAACUUUGCUCGUGUGGAGGGAAGAACUAUGACCUGGCUUGGGUCGGGACCUCCGGAGGCCAUUGAGCUUAACUCCUUUGAUUGUAAUCCUGUGUGA